UUUAAAUUAAUGCAGAGAUUGAUUUCAUAAUUAAUACUAUAGUAUUAUUAUAAUGUAUUUACUCAUAAAAUCCAACAAUAUACUAAAAUAAAUAACAUAGAAAUAUAAAUUAUGCUAAGAAAAUAUCAGUUUUAUAGUAUAACUAAAUAAAAUUUUAAAAUGAAUUGUAUUCCGUCUGUAAAAGUUAGAAAAAAUGAAGAAGAUUCUCAAUUUUUUUAUUUUAUACUAUGAUUUUAUUUUACCAAACUCGAAAAUAUGUUAACAUAUAAUAACAAUUAAUAAUAAAGUAAAAUAUAUAAAAUAAAUUAUUAUACAUUAAUAAUAUCGAAUAAGAAACAUAACCAAUAACAUUAUAGAUUUACACAAUAUAUAACACUAAAAUGUAAAUAUAUAUCUUUUAAAGUUUUGCGAUGGUAUCCGUUAUAUAUUUAUAAAAUGAAAAUAUAUAUGUACGGAUGUGCGGGUGAAAAAUCUAGUUUGUUAUAAGAUGAUUGUUUCCACCAUCUAGAUGAGGAAAAAAGAGAUCAUAACUUUUGCAAAUCGAGCGUUAGUUAAUGUAUAUGUUGUUAAUACUGUAUGUGUUAUACAGAAAUCUCUACCAUUAAAUAUUUGUUAAUGAAAAGAUCGGUUGGUCAUUUUCCUUUCUAUGGCCAUUAUAAUUUACCAAAAGUGCUUUAAAUAAAAAUAAUUUAAAACUUUCUACCAAUCAAACUUUGACCACAUUCAUUAGGAUUCUUGCAAAUGCAUUAAAGUAAAAUCAAAACCGUCUGGUAACUCGAAACGUUUCAUUUGGUUAAUUAUUUCAAAAUUAAUUUAGGGAUCACGGUUAAGUAACGUCUAACUAUUAUUAAAAGAGGAUGAUCGUGUGAGGGAGGCUAUAUAAGUUUAUUCGCUUCCUCUUUCUCCAAGAGAAAACAAAAAGUUUUAAAAACCCUAACCGUUACGGCUAUGGCGGCAGCGAGUUUCUCAGAUGGCUUUGACUACGAAACAUGGGCUCUAACGACGAAAGCGACUCUAACCGAGCAAGGACUUUGGGACGUCGUCGAAAACGGAGUCCCACCGGAUCCAUCCAAGAUUCCAGAGCUAUCGGCAACGAUUAAAUCCCAAGAACUCUCUCAAUGGAGAGAUCUCGUGAUUAAAGACAUGAACGCGCUUCAGGUAAUGCAAUCUUCUCUCACUGACUCCGCUUUCAAGAAGACUCUCUCCGCUUCUUCAUCCAAAGACGUUUGGGAUAUGCUCAAAAAGAGCAACGAGCAAGCUAGACUAAGUAGUAGGUUAGAGGAGGAAGAAGUUCAUGAGUACUUGAUGUUAGUAGAAGGUGUGGAUGAGUUGAGCUAUGAUGAGGAUAUGUGGAUGAUCUGCGCCAAGGGUACGACGAAUCAUAUGUCACGGUACGAGAAGCACUUCUCCGUUUUGGACAGAACACACAAAGGCAAGGUUAGGUUAGCAGACGGAACGUUUCUCAGGGUUGAAGGUAGAGGACACGUGAGGAUUAUGAUGAAGGAAGGGAAGAAGACCAAGACUAAGACGAUGAGGGAUGUGAUUUUUGUUCCGGGGUUGAACGUGAACGUUUUGAGUAUCGAUCUGAUGAUAGCAAGAGGUUACUCACUAGAAUCGAAACGGGACACGUGCGUUUUUUUCGAUCGGAAGGGGGCGGUGUUUGGGGAUGCCGUGAUGGACAAGAAAGGACCAGCUCUGCGUUUGAACAUGAUUGAAGGUACUCAGGAGGAAGAGAUCGCUGUUGAUUAUGUGAUGGCUGCGGUGAUAAGCAAAACUGAUUUGGUUUAUGAUGAGGACAUGUGGAUGGUCUCUUGCUUCUCCACGAUCCACAUGACUCCGUAUGAGAAUGUUUUCACGGCUCUUGACAGGACACACAAAGGGAAGGUUGGGUUGAAGGAUGGGACGGUGCUCAAGGCAGAAGGAAAAGGAGAUGUGGAGAUUGUGAUGAAGGGAGGGAAGAAGAAGAAGACGAUCAAGAAUGUGCUUUUUGUUCCUGAGAUUAUGAGAAACGUGCUGAGUUUUAGUCAGAUGGAGACAUACGGCUGUUCGUUUAGAGAGGGACGAGGUGGUGAGUGCAUUAUAAGCGAUGAGACUGGGGCAGUGUAUGGGGAUACUACGUGGGAUGUGAAAGAUAUGGCUCUGCGUUUGGAGGUGAUCAAAGCUAACCGCACCUCUUAAUUAGCUUCCUGCUUUUCACUUUGGUACUAGACUUGACUAUUAAGGUGGACGUUUGUGGUUCUUUUUUAGUUUGGUGUCAUUGUGUGAUUUUAUUUUCUGUUCGUUUAAAUUUGAAUUCUACUAGUUCGAUGGGUUCUAUUGAAUUAUCAUUUGAGUUGAUUAAGAAUAAAUUUUAUUGAGUUUUUAGAUAAUUUUAGAUGAAUUCUGAAAGUUUAUAAUUUUAUUAAUUAAAUCAUAAAUCACUCUUCGGAACUCUAUUCGAAAAUAUACGAUCAAAUUUUAUGUUUUUUUUAAUCUAAAAGCUCUUAAAAUAGUUUCAAUAAAAUAUAUUUUAAAAAUAAAAAAAUCAUAAAAAAUUUAA